UGUUAAAUCAGCUAUUUAUAGUCAUUAUUUAACAAAAACAGUUUUAGUCCAAAAUGUUUUUGAAGCAGCAAAGGUCCAAUAUGUGUAAAUCACUUCCUUUUUUAGCAAAGUUUUUAGUGAUUUUGCCUUUGACAGUCGCGAUGUCACGAGUUCAAAUAAAGAAAACGUUUACUAUUAUGAAGAACCAGUGUAUGCCCAAAUAUGGAGUUAAUAAUGAUAAAGUAGGUCAAAUAGAGCAAGGUGUAUUCAUCGAAGACCACAACGUCAUGUGCUAUAUUGCUUGUGUCUACAAAGCUGCUCUAGUGGUGAAAAACAACAGGCUCGAUAGGGAUCUAGUGGUCAAACAAAUAGAUGCAUUGUAUCCACAAGACCUACGUGGAGCCGCGAAGAAAGGAGUCGACAAGUGUUUUGAUAUACAGUACAAAUACGACGAUAUGUGUGAAGGGAUUUUCUACUCAACAAAAUGCUUGUAUGAUAGUGAUCCGGCCAGUUUUCCGAAUUGGAUUUCUAAUCUACAUCUGCCAUAUGUAUCUUGGCAUGAUUCUGAGCUUCCAAAAACUACUCUCAGGGAACAAGAAAACGACAUUCAUUUGUUAGUUUUCGCUGUAAUGGAAGGAAAAGAAUUUUGUUCUAUUAUAAUGAUUGCUUUGUUGAUAGGUGAAAUUGAUUCGAUGACAAGGAAGCAAAUAAAAAAUGCUGCUAAAAUCGUGAAAGGGAAUUGUAUGAAAAAGAUUAAUGUUACGGAAGAUUUGAUUGGUGACAUAGAAAAAGGCAAGUUCAUUGAAGAGAGACCUGUCAUGUGCUACAUCGCCUGCGUUUAUAAGACAACACAACUCGUCAAAAACAAUAAAAUAAGUUACGAGGCAUCGCUGAAACAAGUACAAAUAAAUUAUCCUGAUGAUAUGAAGGAAGGUAUGCUGAUUUCCAUAGAGAAUUGUAAGGGGCUGCUUAAAAAAUACAAGGACCUGUGCGAGUCAGCUUAUUGGACAGCCAAAUGUAUUUAUGAAGAUAAUCCCAAGAAUUUCCUGUUUCCUUAAGAAAUUGAUAAAUAAUUUUGAAAAAACUAAACUUUUUAAAUU